UUUAACUUCUUCAAAUGCCGCGGAACCAAUUUUCACUCUUUCUUGAGAGCGUAUAAAAGAAAAAGGAACCACCGACGCAUCCUCGGUUUCUCAUGAAGCGGUCCACGAACGAGGUUGACUCGUCCUUUGACGGAUCUGAGGCGCAGUACGUGUCACUCUCUAACGAUGUAAGGAAUGGUAUUGUUGCAUUACAUAGCAAUAAUAUGGACUAUAUGCAAGCCAGCGGUGCCGACUGGAAUCAGUUGCGCUUGACGGAUCUCGAGUCGUCAAACAUACAGUUGCAGAUACAGUGCCUGCGGCGGAUAAGUACAACAAUUCCUAUAUUGAUGCAUGAUCAGCAACAAGCAGUAUUGGGAUCCCUCUUGCAAAUAUUUCGCGAAACUACGAGCGAAGAAAUAAAGGGGAUUGUUAUGUCACUUGUUCAAAAGUUCAUGGUCGUACCUCAAGUCAAUGGCCCACUAUUGUUCAAGGACCUGGUUCUUCGGCUAUCGUCAAGCUCAACCUCAGUGCGCACUUUGUUAUACAAUUGCAUUUACGACUUUCUCAAGGCACGACAACUUUCGAUUACUGUGGAGAACCAUAAAUCACUGACUCUUCUUUAUGAAAAAGCUGUACUGGAGUUUGAGGAGCCAGACUAUCGCGUGCGAGCUGCGUGCAUUCGUCUAUAUUCACUGCUACCAUUUGUCUUUAAAGCCUAUGCAGGCUUUCAGAUCAGCGUUCUUGAAAAUUUGAGUGAGAUGAAAGUUCAGAAGCUUAUAAGUCGAUUUGUCCGUGAUAAUGAUCCACGUGUUCGAAAAAGUGCGCUUGACUCAUUGGUUGAUAUGCAUUUACGUGGAUCGCCACUCUAUGACUCUCUCUACUCUUUGGCUGUCGUCUCAUUGCGCGACGAUUUUGAAGAAGUUCGACUUGGAGGUCUUAAUCUCAUAUGGGCAGUGAGUUCAUUGAAUCCCGAUAUUCUAUUAUGGUUGCCCAAGGACGGUCCAUAUGAGACUGUUCGCUUGAUCGAUGAUGCUUUCUCGAAAAUUUGCGACCUGGUCAACGAUGUAUCUGUUGUAAUUCGGACAAAGGCGUGUGUGAUCAUGUCGUCAUAUCAACAUGUCAAUGCAGAUAUCUUAUCACAAACAUUCAGCAAGCAAAUCAUGUCACGAUUAAGACGCAGGUUCGACCGCAAGAGACAACGCAAACAUGAAAUUAUUCCCGUAGCAGAAGGGGAUAUGGAUGUGGAAACGGAGGAAUUCCGCAUCAUGGAUUCUGGUGCCUGCGGUGCUUUUGUACAUGGUCUUGAGGACGAAUUUCAAGAAGUACGCAAUGCAUCCAUCGAUUCCAUUUGCGAACUUUGCAUGUAUAAUGGGCAUCUUGUGAACAAGGCUGUGGAUGCUCUCGUUGAUAUGUUUAACGAUGAGAUCCCCCAAGUGCGUAUCAAUGCGAUCAACAGUUUGCGCAAAAUCGGUACCCGCUGGCCUUUGAAAUUUGAUAUAGAGCAAUUGGAAAUUUCCGCCGGUACUCUAGACGAUUUUGAUCAGACAACACGAUUCACAACGCAUGACCUUCUGGCUGUUGUUGAAAUUGAAAACGAAGAGUCGCUCUUGCUUUUAAUGACCGAGCUAAUGGAAAAUAUCAAACGAUAUCCUCAAGACUUAUUAUCAAUAUAUCGUUGUAUACGUGAAGUUGGUAAAAGACACCCAGCUAUAGUUGCUAAAUGCCGCAAAAGCUUGUUUGACAUUGAUAAUCGCUAUUUGACCAAAGAACCUAGCAUUGAAAGUCCUGUUUAUACCGCCCGCGUAAUACUACUUGUAAAUGCUGUAGUAUCACAGCCUUCAUUAGCCACGGAUCUACCAUCAUAUAUGUUCCAACACUUUGCUUAUUAUCGAAGAAAAUACCCAGAUUGUGUCCAAGACAUACGGGUGCUCCAUGAAAAUGGGUUGAUGAAGAGCCCGGAAUAUGCCAGCAUUGAUGGAUUUGUUUCUGAGACAGUUGCAAAGAUGAGUCUGAGAGAUAUCUCGGAAUACACAACAACGACAUCACAUUUAUUACAAAUCGUAAAACGCCAAGCCGAACGAUGGGAAUAUUCUGCAGCAUUAGCGACGAUACAAGAUGCUAUCAAGAACUAUAAAUAUAUCUGUACACUACGGCCGUCCGGGAAUGUGCGCUUAGCAAUUACAUACCUUGAAUGCUACGAAUUGGUAUUGAGGAUAAAACAAAACUUUGGGACGCCAUCAUUUGCAUCAACAGCACAAAUCGCUGCCACCAACCUACUUCAAGCGUCUUAUAUCAUGCAAUACAGCUUUAUCGGUCUCUCGGCAUGGAACAUGCAAGCUAUAAUCUACUUUCGAAUCCUCGUCAGCAUCGUGUGGACGUUUGGUAUAAUCAAAGACAUGCCAGUUACCAGUUCAGCCUUCAAACUUCAAAGUAUUUUCAUUGCUUUUGUUAAUCGUAUCGAUCAAAUGAGUCGACAUUUGGAUAAGGAAAUCUACCAAAUGCUAUCUAUUGGCGAUCUUAGAAGUAUCCUCGUUAAAAUAAGCACGGACCCUACUGCUGCAAAAUGGGUUGGAUUGCACUCGUUUCUGACGGGCUUCCUCCCUAUGGAAUUGGAUAUAGAUACUGCCGUGAAACACACAAGCGCAGAAAUCACUAAUCCGCAACCUAACCCGGACAAACCGCUCAAAUUCAAAUCCAACAUACGGGUCAACUUGGACGUUGAAGCAAUUAUAUACAACUCCAGCGAUAUCUACGAUAUUGCCAUCGAGAUCACCAAUCCGGAUCAAAGUAGUCAAGUAUAUUGGCCAGUAUCAAACGAUUUUAUACCAACCACACCCUUCUGCUACAAACUAAAAGCCAAGGUUGAACUACACUAUUCGGGCUGGACAGAACCUUGUAAUAUUACUUUGCGAAUAGUUCGAUCAUUUGAACCAGAUUUAGCAGGUUUGGAUGGUUACAUAAUGAAGUAUCCUAAUGCCGAAUCAUCCAACACACACUUUGCACAACACUCUCAAGAUGUCGUAUCCAUUCCUAUUAGCGAUCCAGUACUUUACAACAUCCAUCCUUAUUCCAAAAAAGCUCAAGCAUCCUCUGGAAAACCAGUAUUCGCAUAAACCAACUCACUGUCUUUUUUUCAUUCCCUCAGUCUCACCACUGAUAUCAUGUAAAUAAUGUCACACCGCUCGAAUCAUAUAAGCACAUACACUGCACACACAUGUGCCAAACAACAAACAGAACUAAAUUGAAAUACUGCACUUUAUGCAAGC